UCCGGUCACGAGGGAAGAGCCGUGACCCCGGAGGACCCGGAAGUUGUGGUGUUGUGAGGCUGGCCGUCUGCCGCUUGCCGCUUGUGGGGUGAGAGAAGAUGGCGGAGAGCGGCAAGACCAAGAGCGGCCCGGCGGCUCUUCCGGGCGGCCCGGCUGCGGCUACCGCGGGGGCCGGAACCGGGGCCGCCAAGGCCUUGACAGCCGAGCAGGUGGUGGCUGGAUUUAACCGCCUGCGCCAAGAGCAGCGAGGUCUAGCCUCAAAGGCAGCUGAGCUGGAGAUGGAGCUGAACGAACACAAGUUGGUUAUCGAAACACUUCGAGAAGUGGACCCAACUAGAAAGUGCUACCGGAUGGUGGGAGGUGUGUUGGUGGAGCGCACGGUGAAAGAGGUUCUCCCAGCCCUGGAAAAUAACAAAGAGCAGAUCAACAAGAUCAUAGAAACACUGAGUCAACAGCUGCAGACAAAAGGCCGGGAGCUGAAUGAGUUCCGGGAAAAGCACAACAUCCGCCUGAUGGGCGAGGACGACCAGAAGGCUCCCUCCAAGGAGAACGCCGAGGAAGCGGGGGCCAAGGCCAGCUCCGCAGGGGUCCUGGUCUCCUAGGGGGAGCAGCGGCUUCCUCACAAAGGACUUUAUCGCCCCUUCCUCAACAGCUGCAGCUCUUGACCUCAAAGGCUUAACUUUAUUAUGGUUUUCGUGUCACCUCUUAUGAUAUUUUUGUUAAAUAAACUUUGUGUGUAUUGCA